AUGCAGCAGUCCUUCCCGGGCGCGCCUAAGUUCACGGACAAGGAUGUCCCGGACUUGAAGGGAAAGACUGUCAUCGUCACUGGUUCCAACACCGGUCUCGGCAAGAUUAUGGCCCAGAUCCUUUACUCCAAGAAUGCCAAGGUCUACAUGAUGGCGCGUUCUGAGGAAAAGACCAAGACGGCCAUUGACAGCAUUAAGUCAACUGUCGGCAAAUCUGAUGGUGAACUCAUCUACCUGAAGCUUGAUCUUUCCGACAUCCCCAGUGCCAAGGCCUCAGCUGAGGAGUUUUUGCACCGCGAGAAGAACCUCCAUUUGCUGUUCAACAAUGCUGGUGUUGGAUACCCUGAGCCGGGGAGCAAGACGAAGCAGGGCUAUGAACUCCAGUUGGGUGUCAACUGUCUUGGAACUUUUGCCUUCACCAAGACUCUGACUCCUGCCCUCGUUGCCGCCGCCAAGACAGCACCGGCCAACUCCGUCCGCGUCAUUUGGGUCUCAUCUUCAGCUGCCGAGGCCAUUGCUCCCAACAACUACGUUGAGAACCUCUCCAAGAUUGAGAAGAUGGGUGCUUUUGAGCAGUACUGCGUUAGCAAACUCGGAAACUACUGGCACGCUACAGAAUUCGCUGCGCGCUACAAGGCUGAUGGUGUCAUCUCUAUCCCCCUGAACCCCGGCAACCUCGAUUCCGAUUUCUGGCGCACUCAAGGAGCCGUGAUGACCUACAUCCUGCGAAAGACUCUCCUGUAUCCUCCCAUAUAUGGUGCUUAUACCAAUCUCUUUGCUGGCUUCUCUCCUGAAGUUACUCUUGAGAAGACAGGUACUUUCGUUGCCCCUUGGGGUCAAUUCUGGACCCUCUCCAAGGAAAUGAUUGCGGGCUCCAUUUCAAAGUCUGAAGGUGGCACUGGUAUCGCCAGUAGCUUCUGGGACUGGACUGAAGCCCAGAUCAAGCCUUACAUGGGUUGA